AUGGUUGGCCUAGGGCCGAAUGAUCAAGGACGUGAUUCCUUUGAUGUGUGUAUGGUGGCACGUGAAAUUACACCGAGUGCGGUCGGCCGUGAGAGCACCGUACUGAAUGUCGGUAAUGACAUUGUUACCCAUAUGCCAUUUAGUGUGGGCGGCCGUGAGGGCACCACGCUUAACGCCGGUAAUGGCGUUGUUGGCGAUUCGCCAUAUGGUGUGGGCGGCCGUGAGGGCACCACAACUAAUGUCAGUAAUGAUAUUGUUGGCGAUACGCCGUAUAGAGUGGACGGCCGUGAGGGCACCACGCUUAACGCCGGUAAUGGCGUUGUUGGCGAUACGCCGUAUAGUGUGGGCGGCCGUAAGGGCACCACACCUAAUGUCAGUAAUGACACUGUUGGCGAUACGCCGUAUAGUGUGGACGGCCGUGAGGGCACCACACCCAAUGUCGGUCAAGACAAAAGCUCUCGUGUAGAGCGUACUAUGGUUGGUAGUAACCAUGGGGACAAUAUUGUCCCGACCCCUAAGGGGUGUAAGGUCUCGAAGAGACAAUCGAGACGCCGAGUAGCAGCUGUAAAGCGCCAGGCGUCCUCAUAG